AUGGUUGUUGUAUCUUCAACAUUUUCGGCACCGGCACAAGGGGUUUUACUACAAACUCCUAAUACAAAACUAAUAAUAAAUAACUUGGAAGUUGGCUCAGCUACUUUAUACAUCACCGAAAAUAAUGUGGUUUGGGGUGGAGGAGAGAGCAUUAAUGGAGUCCCGUCUCCGACAAUUCAGUUGCUGUACCCCACAAUCUCAAUGCAUGCUGUACAAAGGACACCUUCACCAGCCUUGUACUUGGUCAUCAAUUACGAGUUGAGAUUGCCAACCCCGAGUAGCCAAUCCUCAGGAGGUGGAGAUGCACCUCAAGAUGAUGAUGAGGAUAAUGAAUUCGACGGUGAAGAAGCGUACACACAACUUCGGUUUGUACCACAAAAUGAGAACGAUUUACAAGCGAUGUACAACGCUAUGAGUCAGGGCCAGACUCUAAACCCUGACCCCAAUCAGUCACCAGAUGAGGAUGAAGAAAAUUACAUGGAUGGAGAGGAAUUUGAUGAAGGUGAGGAUGAGUUUGAAGAUGCCGAAGAGAGCAACAUGUCUGCGGAGGAUCCUGUUCAAAUGUUCAGGCAGAUGAGGCUCAAGAAUGGCCACACGCAAAGUGAGGAGACAGAGGACGCAGACAUCGGGGAGUGA